AUGGACUCUCUAGCGAAUAUCAACUGGAACAAAGUCACGCCAUGCCUUGUAUUAUUAGUAUUAGAAGUAGUGUUAGAAUUUUCAGAGUGCGCGACGCAGGCUGAGGUGAACAAGCACCUGGAACUGGGGCGAGAUUUUUUAGCGCGAGGACAGCUGUCGGACGCGCUUACUCAUUAUCAUGCAGCCGUGGAGGGCGACCCAAACAACUACCUCACAUACUUCAAACGUGGUACGGUGUACUAUGCACUUGGUAAAGCAAAGUUUGCCCUUGAAGACUUCACCAAGGUGUUGGAACUGAAGGCAGACUUCACAGCUGCAAGGUUGCACCGUGCCAAUGUCUACUUUAAGCUAGCACAGUAUGAUAAUGCCAAAGAAGACUAUUUACAAGUUGCGGCCGCGGAGCCGCACGAGGAGGCGCGGCGCUCGGCGGCGCGCGCCGACGCGCUGGCCGCCGACGCGCUGCGGGCCGCGGCGCUGUCCCGCGCCGGCGACUGUCGCGCCGCGGCCGCGCUGGCCUCGCGCCUGCUGGACGCCUCGCCCUGGAGCGCGCCGCUGCGGCGCCUGCGCGCGCACUGCCUGGCGCAGCUGGACGACCUGCUGGCGGCCGCGGCCGACCUGCGCGCCGUCAACCGCCUGGAGCAGGACUCCACCGAGGGCCACCUGCGGCUGGCCGAGCUGCUGUACCGCCUGGGCCACGUCGGCGACGCGCUGCAGGAGGCGCGCGAGUGCCUGCGGCUGGACCCCGAGCACAAGCAGUGCUUCCCGCUGUACAAGAAGCUGAAGAAGGUGGACAAGCUGCUGCUGCAGUGCGAGGAGCUGAGCGAGGCCCGGGACUUCUCGGGCUGCAUCGCCAGCGCCAACAAGGUGCUGCAGGCGGAGGACGAGGUGCCGCUGGUGGUGUUCGAGGCGAAGAAGUGGCUGUGCAGCUGCAGCGUCAAGGAGGAGCUGUUCGCGGAGGCCGCGGCGCGCUGCGGCGAGGCGCUGGCGCUGGGCCGCGACGCGCGGCUGCUGUGCGACCGCGCCGACGCGCUGCUGGGCCUGGACAUGUUCGACGACGCCCUGCUGGCCUACAAGGAGGCGCUGGAGCUGGACGAGGGGCUGCAGCGCGCCAAGGACGGCAUCCAGCGCGCACAGAAGAUGCAGAAGCAGUCCGAGCAGCGGGACUACUACAAGAUCCUGGGCGUCAAGAGGUCCGCGUCCAAGCAGGAGAUCACUAAGGCGUACCGCAAGGCGGCGCAGAAGUGGCACCCGGACAACUUCCACGGCGACGAGAAGAAGCUGGCGGAGAAGAAGUUCAUCGACGUGGCCGCGGCCAAGGAAGUGCUGACGGACCCCGAGAAGCGCGCGCAGUUCGACCAGGGCGUGGACCCGCUGGACCCCGAGGCGCAGCGGGCCGGGGGCCACGAGGGCCCCUUCCACGCGCCCUUCCACCACUUCCAGUACGGCUCGCCCUUCCAGUUCAAGUUCCACUUCAACUAGUGCCGGUGCCCUCGGGCGCCUUCUCGUGGCGAAGCCGCUGGACGCGAGACGCAGUACUCCAGGGCUCCGCACCCGACUGCCGAGAUAGUUUCCCACCGGCGAGGCGAGACGAGAUUGCCCUCAAUAGCUCGCGCGAGUCCGAGUUGUGGUUGUGGGUAGCAAAGGUUCAGUACUGCUGAGUUCGUCUAGCGAUAUAAACGCAUAUAAAACAACGUAGAUAAUACGGAAAAAAAGUCGGAUGUAAUCACCUAUUUCUCAAAUUUCAAAUCGUAUGUGGCAUACGAUACGAUCGCGAUUGAUAUUAAUAGCCAUCGCGAACUCGCGCGACAAAUCGUAUUUCCAUUGCAGAGUACAAUACUCUAUGCAGACAGCAAUACGGUUCAAUAUUAAAUCAACAAAUUCAAUUCUCGCCUCGCGCGUCGUCGUCAAUCCGGACCAUUUCCACCGAAAAUGCGUUAGGAGAGAGUUGAAAUGUCGCUAUACAAAUUUCAUUCCUCGUCUCGCCUCGCCGGUGGAAAAGCACCUUUAUACUCCUAUCAAAUUCUAUACCAUUAUAUUUUUGUACAACGCGACGCACACAAACGUAGCUUCCAUCGAGUUGCACGUAGACACACCGCGCUUUUAAUAUUACAUACGCUGUUAGUUUAAUAUUACAUACAAUGUUGAGACGCAAUUUUUGAUUGAUAACACCGAACCUCGCGGCAGACUUCGUCUCUACCUGCACUAGCCGCGAGCCGGGCCGGGACGGACCGGCUACAUGCCUGAACUUGCGCCAGUGAUGCCAUUGCGUAAGGAAAGGGUGCUCGUCUCCCGCACAAAUGCGCGGUUUAGAGGCUGAGAGGCACGGCCGUGGGUACAGGCUUUUCUCAAACAAUGCGAGGAAAAAAUAAAUGACUAAAAGAACGUAAGCAGAAUGUUUAAUAGAAAAAGUAAAACUAGUUCACAUGACAACUUUUGCUUCUUGGUUUAAAUUAGGCGGAGUGUAUACUACAGUGCACUAUUGUACUUUCGCUUGAAUUCAUUUUCGAAAAGAAAAUGUGAAAAAUACAAAGAAAUACAAAAAAAAACACUGCAAAGUACGUAUCAUUUACUUUACCGCCGUUUUUUAGUACCUAUGUGAUGCAGGUACAUUGGUGCUCCAUAAUUCAACCCAAAAUAACUCCUACUGUAGACAAUAUUUUUGUAAUUCUCGAAAUAACGGAAGUAGCUGCUAGUGAGCAGAUACUUCACUAAAUGAUAUAUUUUGCGAGUUCUUUCUUCGCAACGAACACUUCCAAGCAUUUUUGAAAAAAAUACAAGUACCUUUUUUGUAUGGCCUUUUUUAUGGUUGCGAUUUGGCCUACCAAUUCACCAUAGAGCGUGGCGUAAAAGGAUCGGAAAGGUCUCCGAUGUUUCAUGGUACAUUCUGUAUGAAGGGCUGUAAAUAAGGAAUUACGAAUGAGAUUAUUAGAAGCCCUAAGUCGAAGAUUGAGGGCUUUCGGAGUCCAGGUUCGUAAUUCCCGUACCGCCCGUGUUACGUACAAUGUUUUUCAUCACAUUUGCGAGGAAAUAAAUACAAAGAUAAAUGCAGGAAAAAUAAAUUACGCUUCACAACCAACGAUAUCUAUGUACAACACACCAAUUACGGAUUUUGCAAAUGGCUCGUUGUUUUUUUCUUGUAAACAGGUGACCACCUUUUCUUCUAUAAAUAGUACAACUCGAACUAAAAUGUUGUAAAAGACAAAAACGCAUGCAGCCGUGAUGUAUAAGAUAUAAAAUAAAUCAUUUCAAAAUACUAAAAAUACUCAAUUUGAAUUUAUAAAAUUAAUUUAGUAAAACAGUUAAAUUGCAAAUGUUUAGUUUUUCAGUUUGUGCGAAACUCAUUUCGAUUUUUCGAGCGUAAAUACUUUUUGCUUAAUCUUGACGUUGAGAAGUGUAGUGCAAUGAAAUUAAAAAAUUAAUCUAUUACUGUUAUAAGGCAGUAAUGUAGUGAAAAAGCCCGUGGGCGUAAUUUAGGACAUUACGGUUGGCUUUGCCUGCAUGUUAUGACACUGUUUACGAGCGAGUGUGAUGAAAAAUAAUUUCUUGACUUGCAAAAUUACGUACGUCGCUCUUGACCAUUUCGUUGGUCGCGUGGAAGCUUCAAUUUAACAUGGUUUAUUUGUUUGCCGUACUAAUGUAACCGAGCUUUUAUUUGGCACUAGGCAUAUUCUAUUUACUAUUGUCUUAUUUUAAGUACAGAACGGACAUUUUGUGUUUUUUUGUAGAAACAAUAUUAGUGUCAAAUGAAAAUCUCGUGAACUGUGAAAUGUUUUAUUGUCAAA